CAGGGGCCACUUAACCGCGUACGGCUAUGCGACAAGUGCUGUAAUUCACCUCAGAUAGGUAACCCACCUUAUCGGACUUCCUUAUCGAUUUCUCGAAUAUUAGGCAAGAGACAGAAUUAAGAGCUUUUGAGGACACGAGCUUCAUGGUGAGGAUUAAACCCACCCGUCUAACCACCCAAGGCUUGGUGACACAGUUGUGAUAGCCCAAGGUGAGAGUAGGCCCAUCUGCCGCCAUUCAUCGCAUGUGUCGUGUGUAGGUAAAGGCUACCUACUCUCUACAGGUAAAGCGGGCUGUAUUGCUGGUCGCUGUAGUGUGACUAUACAGUGUUGUUUCCCACAUCACCGUGUGGUAGUGGUGAGUUCGACGUUGAGCGUGGAGACAGUGCUGUUGGUUCACUCGUCACGGAUCUACCAGUGAUUUGUGUCAGUCUAGUGUAUGCUGUUUGACAUGUGGAGAGCGCGGUGAAUAUACUGGAGGAAUACAGUGUACCGUACGACAGUAUCUUCCGGUCCCGGCCAGUUCCCCAUUUCCCAAGAUUCCUCAUCACAAAUGUCAACGUCACAACCCUGAUUUUGAAUCGAUACCAGCGCCAUGCAGCGGCAAAACCGCACCUGUAACAAAAAAUACAGGUGAUAUUAACAGUAUGUACAUCGCCAAUCGAACGUUAUCAGCACUGGAUACGGACGAUUUCGGCUCGUUUUCAAGCCUGGACAACCUGACCCCCCCUCGAGCCAGACCCCUCACCCCCGUCGACAUGUGUCAGGGGUACACAGUCCCUAUCGUGUACAAGGACGAAACAUGGGAGGAGAUAGAGCGAAAGAAGAGGGCUGCCAAUGCGUGUGGGAGCAACUCCACACUAAGUAGCGAGCUUCCAUGGAAAGAGAGAAAAAAUAGGAUAGACAAUGCGUUGUCAUGGUUACGGACGGAACUGGAGACGAUGCGAGUUCAGGACAAGGCGUUGCUUGGACAACUGCAGCGUUGCCAGGAGACGAUUGAGAGUAUUAAACAACAGAGAGCGCUAUGGGAGGAAUGUUCGGAGGAUGAUCUGGAUGAGGGUGAUGAAGACCAUUGGGAAGAUUGGGAAAUAUCAGAGUUUGAGCGGAGUUUUGCAGAGGGGUCAGAGUAUGCGUCGUCGACGUUGUCAAGUAAAGACAGUCGAUCUAGCGGCAGCACGACGACGAGCGGAGUGUCCAGUAUGGCGUCACAACGGUCAGACAGAUCAGAUAGAUCAGAGAAGUCAGAAAAGUCGCCCAGCAUGUACCAGUUCUCUUCCCAGAAUCCAACUUCAAAAGUGUCAAGGACAAACUCGUACUUCCGGCAAGACCUCGAGGUCACUGUGUGAAAACGGUUGUGAUGGUUGUUGAGUGUACUUAAUGUGUUGACUGUGAUGUGAUUGGACAUCCUGCAUUUCGCUUCCAAUUGAGGAUGAAUCACGUUGAUUCUUACCGACUGGACACCUUCAAGUUUGGUGCACAACUAAAAUGUGAUAGUGGAAGUCAUUGUGUGCUUGUUCAGCUGUGAUGAUAUAUGAACAUGUGCGGGCGUGUUUGCAAAGCAUAAUGUGCUAGACACUGCGGCUAAGUGGCGCUGCAACGUCACGUGACUUAGCAUUACCCACACGAAGGUGCUACAAUAACCAUAUUGGUACCGCACGAGGCUGUCGCAGUGGAAUAAGUGCAUCAAAACAAACGUUAUCGACAGCGUUGUAGUAAGACAAUUUGGGAGAAGAUUCGUCAAGCAAAUCAAAGUGUGGUUUUGUGAAUGUGUGAAAGAAAACAUAAGAGACACGGUUUGAACGUUUGAUCAACGUUUACCAGGUCACGGUCGAAGCUAGUGACCUUUAGUAUGAAGGGCGGCAUUUAUUAGUUUUGAAUUGUUAAACCACGAUCACAAUAUCAUGGAACGGACGCGAGACAUAUCUAGUUUUUGUUUCUUUUUGUACAACUCUCCCAUGACAUGCUUCCAACUGCAAUACAGAAGUGUAUAUGUAUAUAGCCUUUAUACCCAGUCCUAUCCGGUGUGUUAUUGCCAAUAGCUCCAGUGAAUAACAUCUUUCUCAUUUCAAUAAGAAGGGUUAUGAUAAAGUAUUGAUGGGCCACUAAACCCGGUAGCUAUAAUUCUGAUCCCGUUAACUCUACCUUGUCCGUCUAUUGUUUAAAGGUAGUAAACAUACAUUUAUAUUUUUAACUCACGGUCAAAUGUCAAUUUCAACUUUGUAUUAUGACACUCGAUCCAAAUAUAGCAAACCACAGUGUGGCAGACAUUGUGAUGACAUUAAUCGUCCAAUUAAACAUUCAACCUUGAGGAAGACCAUGCAGAUGAUUCCACAAACUAGGAAGAACACAUAUAUAUAUUCAGUAUUUCCUUUAUCAAACUGUACUACCUCCAUUAUCACUUCCCGUCGUGUACAUACACUGUAUCGCAGGUUAUGUUCAUAGUCCUGGAUCUGCGCGGGGGAUAUUUCACGAGGAUAAGGCUGUUAAUCAAACAGGUUCAUAUUACAUAUUGACCGAAAAAGAUUAUGAUAGGCUAUGGUUGGUAACGCUUUCGUGUGGAGAUUUAUACAUAUUCAGACACGUGUACAACUGUUAAAACUGUCUCAGAAUAAUAGGUUGAUAUUAACACACGACGUCAAGGGCUUGUGAUGUAACGACACAACCAACACUAAGGGAAGAUCGUUUGGUGAAAUAAAAUGUUACUUUUUGCCUACAAGUAUAUGUCGCAAUGGAAAAAAUGACCGUAAGUUACGUUAUUUGAAAUGUAAAAUGAUAUUUGUCAUCGAUUUCAUAAUAUAGUGUAAAUAAUAUGAAAUAUAGUGUAUGUAAUAUGUCGCGUGCAACCAAGAAACAUGUAAUAAUGAGACGAAGGGAAUGUACAUGAACAUCAUGCGAUACAAAAGACACGCGAGUUUUCGCCCACCUGUCACAAGUUUUCAAUUGUUAUGAAGAUGGUACAAACUUGUUGAUUCAGAUUCAGAUUCAGUUUCUUCACAGAAAAACCACCACCGGUGGUACAUGAGCAGUUACAGAUAUAUGUAUGAACAGACAGAACAAUGUUGCAGAAGAAACCUGGCACAUGGACACCGGUUCUCGUGAAUUAGCGGACAUUUGCAACGUGAAUCUCGACAAUCGAUGUGUUGUAUAUAUUGUACAUGAUCCGACAGUGCUAAGCGCUUGCGCCUGGUGUUUCAUAACAGUCGAAUUGUUUAGACAAGCUAAGCUUUCAAAAAUGAUCAAGAUUUGAUUUGGAAUGGCAAGUAUCUGUGUCCACAUACCAGGCAUAAAUUCGUGCUAUUUAGUGCAUGCAUUAUUGUUGGACCUAAUAUGUCUUUGAUUUUGGGGCCGAGCACGUCUGUCCCUUCAGAAGGUCUCUGAACGGUGUUGGUGGGAUUCAAGGCAACAAAACCACUAUACUAAUGAAGUCGUUCCUUGCCUUUUCAGAAUUGAGACUUGAUUCUAAUAAAAAGGUCAAAUUGUUCUUCGAUAUUACUGGAACUUUAUAUUUUAUGUUAUGUGCAUUGUACAGUAAAGCGCCUGUUGAAAGUUA